AACGCCACAACAUGACUAGUCACGAGCAUCUCCGCGGCUCCUGUCAAUGUGGGAGAAAUCAGUAUCAGAUCCGACUGCCCGACGACAUAACUGACCAUGCCCACGUUUACUUGGACACCGGCCGAGACAAUCGAAGAUUUCACGCAGCUCCAUUGACAGCCUGGCUUCGUGUCCCUCUAACCUGGUACCAAUCUCACACUCAAUCCUACUUCCCCGAUGAAACACACAGCACCAUCCGUCGCAUCUUCUCCCCGCACCAUGCGCCACAUACCCAGCGGGUCUUUUGCGGCUACUGCGGCACGCCACUCACAUUUUGGAGCGAGGAUCCGCGCGAAGAAGCGGAGUACAUGUCUGUGUCGAUAGGAAGUUUGUUUGGCGAUGGCCAGCGCAUGUUGGAGGACUUGGAACUGUUGCCUCCGGAAUCGCCUCCCCAUUCUUCGGAUGAGGAGAGGGAAGCAGAAGAGGAAGGCGCUGGGCCUGCAAAGGGAAAGGGAAAAGUUGUUGUUAGUCCGGCUACUGCGCAACAAGACACCCGCUCGUCAGAUGUGGUCAUUCCAUCUGGGUCGGCGGUCUCACGGAGUUACAGACAUGGCACACUGGGCGGGAUCCCGUGGUUCGAAGAGAUGGUGGAGGGCAGUCGGUUGGGAAGGAUGAUGAAGACUAGGCGUGGAGUUGGGGUUAGUGAUGAUCAAUCUACGACUUUUGAGUGGGAGAUUAGCGAGUGGACGAGCGAUAGUACGCAGGCGGCGGGGAAACGAAAGCGCGGUCAUCAUACUAAUGUGGAGGAUAUCGAAUCUACUUAGAGAGUUGGUGGUCGAUGUCUGAUCUGGAGUCCGGAGGCCACUCAUAGUGUACUUAGUCGCUGAAGACCCUCUCAAACAAGAUCAUAAUAAAUUGACUGUAAAGAGCAGAGAGACGUUAUCUCGG